UAUAUAUUUAUUUUAAUUUUUUAUUUUCAAUUUAAGAGGGUGGGAUAGUCAAGUAAAUAGUAGUAGAUGGUUUUGCGCCAACUCCAAGUAUACAAGUUGAAAAGUUGGGAGUUUAAAUUGACAAACAAGUGGGGGUAGGUGAGGCACGAGGGUUUAAAAGGACUCGGCAUGUUACCUCAACAUGCAGUCAGUGGUAAAACAUUGUCAAAUAAUAAACAAGUAUUUAUUAAAUAAACAUUCAAUCAUAAAAAAAAAAAAUUAAUUUUUUUUUCAAAAAACAUCAAAGAGAAUAAAUCAAAAAACUACUGGAUUUAUUUUUUUUUAAUUUAAGUUUAAGUGAUAUCAAAAUGAAGAGUGUCAAUAUUAUCAGAAUUAUUUUUCCAAUCAGUGUGAUUAUUAUUCUACCAAUAUUCACCAAUGCAUUAACAACAUUUGGAAAAACCAGUUCACAAAAUCAAAAUCAAUCACCACCACCAACACCUGUUGGUAAAGCUCAUGAGUGCAGAACAGAGAAUGAUUGUGGUGCUAUUCAAAAUACAAGUUGUAUUGCUGACCCAGGGGAUGGAAAGACAAAAUGUCUCUGUGGUGAUUAUUCACCACCAGUUAAUGGCCUUUGUACCAACAAAUGGAAGGCUGUUCGAGCACCGUGUAAAGAUCAUGCUGAAUGUGGUGAAGGUGCUCACUGUAUUCAGGGUAACAACACAUCUUCAGGAAAAAAAUGCGCCUGUCUUGAGGGAUAUUACGAAGAAAAUUUAAGAUGCAAUGGGAGUUUUUCUAUGCUCAGGAAUCAACCGACUAUUAUUUUAAUUUUUGCUUUAGUUGUAUUAAAAACUCUGAGCUAUUCUUAAACAAAAUAUAAUUUAAUUAUUAAUAUUAAAAUAGUAAUAAUAAUAAUUAAUUAAUAACCGAGGAUAAUAUCAAGUGAGAAGAUUCAUGGAUAAAUUAAAAAUCACCAAGAAAAACAAUAAAAAAUAAAAUAAUAUAUAUAAACCUUUCAAAAUUUAAUUGUAAUAUUAAUUUUAAAAUUAUAUCGAAAGAUAAAAAAUUAGCUUUAAAAGCAUGUGUAUAAUUAUUUCCAUCAGUAAUAAAUAAAACUUCCAAAAUUGAAUUUUCAAAAUACAAAAAAAAGUCUAUGAAUAAAAAAUAUUAGAAUAAAAAUAAUAUUUAAUUUACAUGUAAUAAAAUAUAAUUUAUAAAUUUUAAUUUUUAUCUUUUUAUGCUUUGUGAUAAUAAUAUUGUUAUCGUAAAAAAAUAUUUCAUUUAUAUCAUAAUAAUAAUCACUGUAUUUUCUAAUAUUUGUAUGUUAAAAAUGUAACGCUAAGUCAUGCACUUGAUGUACAUCAAAUUUUAUUUUAAUUUUAUUAUUUAAUGUACAAAAUAAAUGAAAAAAAAAAAUAAGAAAAAAAACAUACAAUAU